AUUCAGUCCAUACUCCAUGGCUCGCUAGAGGCGAAGCAGGAGGGAGACGUGCAGGUGCAGCAGCACUCGAAGGUGAUUGCACGCGGCAAGUACGUCCACGGGUUUGAAGUUCACAAGGUGAAGCCAGAUGCUGUCGAGGACUACAGGAAGGCCGCCGAGAUAUAUUACACGGCCAUCAAGGACGACCCUGAGCUGCAUGUCAAGCUGACAGGGAGCUGGGAGACUAUUGUCGGCGAGCAGGACACAUUCUUCCACAUUCUUGAAUAUGAGAACUACAGCGGUUACGAUAUGACCACCAAGAAGAUCCGAAACUCUGACCACAUCAAGGCGUACCAGAAGAUGCUCCCCUACCUCGUGUCUCGCUCUUCCCAAUUGAACCAGGAGUUCGCUAUCCUGCCGACUGCACCCCCACACUCCGAGGGCGGAGUAUUCGAGCUUCGGACGUAUCAGCUGAACCCGGGGACCUUGCUGCAAUGGGAGCAAACCUGGCGCAAGGGUAUCGAGGCUCGCCGGAGAUUCGUGGAACCAGUGGGUGCGUGGUUCUCACAGGUCGGGCGACUGCACCAGGUCCAUCACAUGUGGCAAUACCCUGACCUGCAGACCCGCAAGGAGACGCGCGAGAAGGCUUGGAAGCUGGAUGGGUGGGCGGAAACUGUGUCAAAGACGGCGGAGUAUUCUAGACUGAUGGAUUCGAUAGUACUCUUGCCGCUGCCGUACAGCCCGCUCAAGUGA